AUGUCUAUAACAUUCGAACACCCCCGCUCCUACCCUGCCGCCCUGCUCAAGAAGCGCCACUCCCUCCCCUCCCAUCUCCACAUCUUCGUCGAACGACCAAGCCGACAUGCAAUACGCUCAUCACGAGACUUCAACUACGAUGCCCUUAACAAGUCCAGCAUCGAAGCCCAUUUCCAGCGCAACGUCGCAUCGAGCUUUAUCUCAUUGUACGAGAGCAAAGCCACUGCCUCGAGCAAAUAUCCUUACACGGAUAAAGUGGGACAAAAGCCGCGGUCAUUCGAUGCCGCUGAAAUGGCUAUCCACACCAGUGGGCUGACAGCGGCAUGGGUGACCGUAGACAAAGACGUCCGUCUUCCGGUAUGGUUUGACAAGAACAGACAAGAGUCCGACAACGCAGACGACGAAGAGGUAUUGUGGUUUUGCCUCCAAGAGCUGAAAGCAGUACUACAAGUCGAUGAGAAGCUUGGGGAGAAGGACGAGUGGCUUGCCUGCGGGUUCAUCCCCGAAAGUAGGGUUGUCACUCGUCACGAUUCAUCGAAUGAGGAGUACCCAGAGGGGGUGGUCAACGACAAGGAAAUAGAAGAGGCUUAUAGACAGGCUCGCCGCGAUCGCCAACGCAUCGAAGGGGAGAGGCUUCAAGUCGACGUGCCGGAAUCUGAGCACAGACUCAAGAAGACGCUUUCUUCGGGGUUCUUGAAAGCCCCUCAGAUCCCCAGCCGGAAAAGCUCUCUUGCCUCGUUGGAUGGCAAAGCUGUGAGCCAGACCAAGAAGAUAGCUACUGGGACUUCAAAGCUUCGCGUAGAGACGCGCGACGUGUCAGUCUCGCUGACGAAUGCGGAUCCCCGGCGGGCGGCGUCACUGAUGAAAUAUGCGUUGUUGCUCGCGCAUGAAAAGAGGUUUGAAGCAGAAGAGUCGUGGCUUUCGGAGACGACUCGUUUAGCUGGGGGUGUAGAUCGAGGGGAUAGUACGAGGACGAUCGAUGAUGGUACUCGUAAAGAGAGACGAAGCGGGUUUGUGGACCGCGAUAAUGACGCAUACCUGACGCCGCCGGAGUCACCAAUUGCCUCAUCUGGACAAAGGGGCAUGCACGAGCAAAGAGGCCGUGAACGUGCUGACAAUCCAGUUUCGCGGUACGAAAUCGCUCGACAAGUUGAUGAACGGUCAGUCCAGGAAAGGGGAAGACGUAUGCGUCGCUCUGCCGCUCCAUCGCCCUCGCAGUCCCUGCUGGGACACCAUCUCGAAGGAGGCAAUGCGUCUUCGCUUCGACCCCGUCUUUCGCGCCGUGAGCUCCUUUUGGAGCUACAAUCAGACGAAGACUCUGUACUACGAGAGUACGCAAGAGUCAGUCUGCAGGACCCCUCUGCGCACCACCACACCCGGCACGACACGCCUAAUGGCGCAAGGUCAACAUCGACGGUCCCGGGAACCCAGCCACCACCCGACCACACCGCCCACGCUGCAGGUAACGAUGAAUUUGAUCCACCAGAUCCAUCGGUCUACUCCGUCAUGUCUUCUCUCUCCUCCUUGUCCGACUUGGCGCAUGCUACCAUCGAGGAGGCCACGUACGCUACCGUCUAUCCCGGCUCCCAUGUUAGGGAGGUUGAGAUACGGCGUAGGAAUCCGGGGUCGUCCUCUGCGGAGGCGAAGUCAAGCGAGGAGGAGGAGAGAGGACGGAGUAGAAAUGGACGGCAACGGCGACGACCCUCGGAAGGACGAGUUUCGGGUGUAGCCGAAGAGGUACCAGCGGAAGAGGAUGUAGAGCCUUUUCCUACUUUUGAUCCUAAGGUACCGGGUCACAUAGAGCUUUCACGGUCUGGAAGCACUGUCUCUGUGGUUGCCGUUGUCCCUUCUGCAUCAACACCAACACCGAUACCUCCACCAGUGGUCUUGAAAUCCGAGUCUUUCUUUGCCAGAAGGAAGAAACGGUUCGAAAAGGGCAAAGACGUUUCUGAGCGUUUAGCAGAGGUACGGGAAAGUCCGGCUGCUCAGAAACCAAAGGUCAUGAAGGAUCUGUUGGAGUUUGCUGGGUGGAGGUCUGGUGAUAAGAAAGAUGGAGCGAAGUGA